AUGAGUCUGACCCCAUUGAUGAAGGCGGCAAAGCAGGGCCAGCUUAGCGUGAUAACCCAGCUCCUCGACGAACAAGCGGGCCAAAUAAGCAGCCGUGGAUGGACAGCGCUCAUGUAUGCUGCGUCCGCCAACCACGCGGAUGCAGUCACUGUCCUUGCCCCGCGCGAGGCGCGCAUAUUUCCAGACGAAAGGGGCGGCGCUCUCCUCGUUGCUGUUCAAAACGAUGCUUACGAUUGCAUCCGGAUUCUUGCACCCCUCGAGAGUGGACAUAGAGACUCUAAGGGCUGGACUGCGCUUAUCUGGGCGGCGUUUCACAACAAGCCUAGGGCUGUUGAGCUGCUCAUGGCUUACGAGUCCGGAAACGUCACCAUGUCAAAGAUGACGGCACUGAUGUGGGCUUGCAAUAAUAAUAACCAGGAGAUAAUUAAGCUUCUCUGUACACAAGAGGCUGGCUACGCCAAUGAGGCCGGACGUACGUCUCUCAUGUUGUGUGCAGAGCUGGGCCACGUGGCAGGUGUCGAGCUUUUGGCUGCAUCGGAAGGUGGAAUGUAUGAUAGGAAUCGCCAAACAGCUCUUAUGAUAGCAGCGAUUGCUAACAGCGUGUCCUCGGUCAAGGCCCUUUUAAACUCAAGGGAUGUCGGGUUUGUAGAUAAGCUGGGUCGAACUGCACUAAUACAUGCCCUAAUGAAGGGCCAUAAAGAAGCGGCAGAGCUGCUCGCGCCACUGGAGGCGGGGUGCCAUGGUCCUGGAUCCAAUCCCGCUCUUUACUAUGCGCUCACGGGAGGUCACGUGGAGGUUGCAGUGCACUUAUUCGAGUCUGAGAAGGAUCUCCUCUACCAGAAAAUCGGUUGUACGCCGCUCAUGUUCGCAGCAGGCGGCGGACACAAAGAGCUGGUUGAGCUGUGGCUAAGUGAGGCUGCACUGAGAGACCACGAGGGAAGAACAGCCUUGAUGCACGCUGCAAUCAAUGGCCAUAGUGAUUGCUGUGUGGUACUGGCUGAGGUGGAACAAAAGGCAGUCGACAAUAAGGGGCUGACCGGGUUAAUGUAUGCUGCCCAAAAGGGGCACCUGAAUGUGGUUCAAGCACUGUUACCUACAGAGGCAGGGAUACAAACUACUACAGGGGAAAGCGCUUUACUAUAUCUUUUGCGAACUCAAUCUUUUCAAUUGCAGCUGGCCAGGAGCGUCUGGGCUAAGACAUGUAAAGCUCUAUUGAAGGCAGAAAAGGGUCUAAUAAAUGGUGACGGGCUGACACCGCUGAUGGUCUCUGCACACAACGGCCAUCUUGAUGCAGUGAAGCUGUUCCACGAGCAUCUCAAAAGGCAAACCUUGAAGGAUGGAACUACUGCCCUCAUGUUUGCUGCGGAGCGAGGGUAUUCAGAUGUGGUAUCGUAUCUACUGCCCCAUGAAAAGGGGAUGGAGGACGCCGCUGGUCGGGUGGCCCUUAUGUAUGCAGCAAGGAACGGCCACUUAGAGUGUGCAAAGCUCUUAAAGACUAAGGGAAAGGAAGACUUUCAUGUAGAUAGGGACGGAUACUCGUCACUAAUGUAUGCUGCAGAAGCUGGAAGCCUGGAGGUGGUCCAGCUGCUACGCGCGCGCCAAUUGAAGUUAAGAAACAAGGAUGGUGCAACAGCGCUAAUGCUUGCCGCCAAGCACGGACAUUCAUGCGUUGUCAACGCACUGCGUGAGGAGAUGAAUUGUGUGGACCACCAAGGACGAACGGCGCUGAUGUAUGCGUGCGAGUCCGGGGCAGCCGAUAUAGUGGUUAUUCUCGGGCCAGAGAUUAACAAGGUGGACAGCCAUGGGCAUUGCGCCUACGACUAUGCAUACAACAUAGGAAACUACGAUCUGAUCAACGCUAUAAUUUCCUGGAAGACGGUAUAUCUAAAGGUGACACAGAACAGUGUCCAGAAUUAUUGCACCGCGCUGUGGCAAGUUAUUGCCGCGUACAUCAGUAAGAACAAUCUAGAAGAAUACAAACCGUUUUUUGCAACGCUAUAUAAUUCAAUAUUAGCGUUACUCUUUGAUGACUUGGAUAUAUAUGACGUUGAGGAGGCGGGGUUCCACGGACAAAAGAUCGCACAAGAGCGGAUAGACGAACUGAAUCAUUAUCUGACAGUGACGUUCUUUGUAGAUAUGGGACUGGACUGCGUGAUCUGCAUGGAUGCCAUUCCAAACGCGGUGUUGGUGCCAUGCAGACACAUGAUUCUCUGCAAGGCGUGCGCUCCUUUAGCUAGCAAGAAGUGUCCAUAUUGUAGGAAGAAGGUUAGUGACACAAUUAUCCUCAGCGAUUUGUAG